AGUUCCAGUUACACUUGAGAACAUAAACAUUGCCAAUUUGGGUGGAGGAGAUCGAAAUCAUCGGAUGCAUGGCUUGCCGUGUUAAUGUUAGUCUCCGGUGUUCUGCCUCCGAUACGCCGCUUUUCGUGCCCCCAUCUCACUCAUUCAAAAACCCUACUCUCUUUCCUCCUUUUAAACUCCACUCCAAGCUUUCUUUAUUGACUUCUGGGUGGCCGCGGAGGCGACGGAUGGGUUUCGUGACGGCGAAUUAUCACAUGGCCACCGAAGAGAAGUCUAUUUCAGAGGAUAGGAUGCUUGUGUUUGUGCCUCCACAUCCGUUAAUUAAGCAUUGGAUUUCGGUUUUGAGAAAUGAGCAAACUCCUUGCCCCGUUUUCAGAAAUGCUAUGGCUGAGUUGGGAAGGCUACUUAUGUACGAAGCUUCAAGGGAUUGGUUGCCUACUGUAACAGGGGAGAUUCAAUCGCCAAUGGCUAUUGCUUCAGUUGAAUUUAUAGAUCCAAGGGAACCUGUGGCGAUUGUUCCAAUCUUGAGAGCUGGUCUUGCUCUGGCUGAACACGCAUCAUCCAUUUUGCCAGCUACAAAAACAUAUCAUUUAGGGGCAAGCAGAAACGAAGACACACUUUUGCCAACUGUUUAUCUAAACAAGUUGCCUGAAAAAUUUCCUGAAGGAUCACCAGUGUUUUUGGUAGAUCCUAUGUUGGCAACAGGUGGCACAAUUGUGGCUGCACUUAACCUCUUAAAGGAACGUGGAAUUCAAAACAAGCAAGUGAAAGUGAUAUCAGCUCUGGCAGCUCCUCCAGCCCUUCAAAAGUUGAGCGAGAAAUUCCCCGGGCUUCAUGUGUAUACUGGAAUUAUUGAUCCUACAGUCAAUGAGAAAGGGUUUAUAAUCCCCGGACUUGGAGAUGCAGGAGAUCGGAGCUACGGUACAUGACCCAAAAUAUAGAACAACGGGGGAAAAUAAUUAUAUAUAUGCG